AUGGAGGAAUACGACACUUUUGAGUUAGAUGAACAAGACCUGGUGUUGGCCCAGGAGGCUGCGCGGCAACAAUUCAACAAGACUGAAGUACGCCCCAACAUGUAUUCUUUUGAUUGGUCAGACGCACAUGGUGCAUUGUGGGACAGAGUCAAACAGAAAAUCAUAACGAGGUUCGGCACACGGGGUGCUAGACUGGACAGAGUCAAAACGAAGGCGGUCUCGGUAGCUGGCGGCGGGGGAAUCAGAGCUAUGAAUGGAUCCAUCACAAUUGCUAUUCCGACACAAGAAGCCGGGUUCGAGACAGAAAUAUUGAUACAAGCCCUGCAACCACGAUGGGUUCCGAGAAAACCCUGGCGGCACAAUUUAUGUUACGCACUUCUACAACCCGGGACGGUAAUUGGAACACAGAAGGAUGAACUGCACGUGAUGGCCCAGCCUCGACCGUCUUUAUCCCCAUCUCGAUUCUCCAAUGAUGAUUUCAGAAGGUUUAAAAGAGCAGACACUCAUGCCUUUAAAGAGCGUGAAAUUACAACAAACGACAUACCUUUGAUCCAAGGAACAAUCACAGAUAGCAAUACGAGAAGCACUGGUCCAUAUGAUCGUGCAUUUCAGCAAAAUCUCAUCGAUCAUAAUAUAUUCCCAGAUGGUUAUGAAUAUCCAAAUGGCGCAUUGCCACCAGAGCCUGAGAACAUGAACGAUAUACUGCACGCGAUGGCCCAGCCUCGACCGUCUUUAUCCCCAUCUCGAUUCUCCAAUGAUGAUUUCAGAAGGUUUAAAAGAGCAGACACUCAUGCCUUUAAAGAGCGUGAAAUUACAACAAACGACAUACCUUUGAUCCAAGGAACAAUCACAGAUAGCAAGUGUGUUGCUGGAGACGUUCCAUUCACAAACCUAUACGACUUAGUGUACCUCCUCCCUAUUCGCAUUGAGUAA